ACUAAAGCUGUGCGGGAAGUCCAGCGCCAUUUGGUUUCAGUCCUGGGAUAAGUGUCUGUUUAAUACGCCUUCUGUGACUCGCUGUUUAAUUGGUGAAAUGACACAACUACGUGGACGUGUGAACCAAUGCUUGUCAGAAAAGCAUAAUACUGAGCAUUGAGUUUCUUAUUGUAUCGGUAAAACGUGUACGGACAUUUUUCACGAUACUCGUUGAGUUUAAAGCCAACAAAGAAUGGAUUCGGGACCAAAAGCAACUGAAAAAUCUCCCUUAUUAUCAAAAUGUGAUCACCAGCGGAAGUCGUUACCUACUAGACGGACCUGGCACCACUUACCUCAAUUCAGUGGCAUAAGCGUCGAACCUGCUUUUUUCUUGAUGGCCGUCGCCUAUGGCAUAGACUCUGUCAACCUUUCCAGCUUUUGGGUGGAUAGAGUUUGUCGAAGUCUUUACUCGAAGGGAAUCUGCGAGCAUUUGCAGUCUGGAAAUUAUUCAGAGGAACAGGACACUGUCCAGAGGCUGGUUGGCAAGUACAAGUCCACGUUCUCCCAUUGGAUUGAAUGUGUACCCGCCAUCUUUGUUGUUUUGAUCCUUGGCGCUUGGAGUGAUGUCAAAGACCGCAAGCUCCCAGUGGUUCUGCCGCAAGUGGGCGUCCUUUGUAAAUACUUCAUCCUAGUCAUCUUUAGCUAUUACGGAGACACACCGCCAUUAUAUCUACUCAUAGCUUCUGUACCUGUAGGAUUUAGUGGAGGAAUUCUCGCAUUCUUCCUUGGCUUCAGCUCGUACUUGGCAGCGACGGUUAGUUUCCAGUCCCGCACUCUUAGAUUUGGCCUGAUGAAUGUACUCAUGCUGGUGGCAGUGCCGGUUGGCAGGGUUAUUGCUACCGCUGUUUAUGCGCACUUUGGCUACGGAAGCGUUUUUUGUUGCCAGUCGGUCAUUGUUUGCCUCGGCGUGAUUUAUUCAGUGCUGCGUUUGGAAAAACAUCCGGGUGUGGAUCUUUCCUCGGGAGUCCCCAAAAACAAAGUCGGUUUACUGGAAAUGCUGUCACCAGUUCGGAUGAAAAGAACCCUCUCGGUUCCAUUCAAGAAGAGGCAAGGCGGCCUCAGGACUCAAAUUCUUGGCCAUAUCUUCAUUAUAGCUGGGCUUUUAUUUGAUUCCGGCGUAACGGACUUCCAUUACCUAUACGUGAGGAAAAAGUUCGGAUGGGAUUACUACGCCUUCGCGACUUGGUCUGAGCUCAGCACUCCUGUGGCAGGCAUAGGGACGGUAUUCUUAGUUCCAAUUCUCAGUUACAAAUACGGGGUGGAAGACGCUGUUCUCUGCCUGAUGGGGACAAUGUCUUACAUGUUUAUGUACAUCGUCAUUGGAACGGCUUCUUUCGGAUGGAUGAUGUAUCUAGCAAUCGGGCUUUCCAUAUUCAGCGGGAUGUGCUUCAUAUCGAUGCGAGGGGGACUGUCGAAACUCGUGCCCAAGGAAGAGCUGGGUGCUAUCUUCGCCGUUGUAGCACUUGGCGAAACUAUCAUGCCCAUUGUCAACGGGCCAUUUUUUACAUUCGUCUACAAUGCCACGCUAGAUGUUUUCCCGGGCACCAUCUACGUCAUCUCGGCUGGGAUGUUCGCCCUUCUGGGCAUCGCUUGCUCGUACCUUUUGACUCGUCCGAACAGACCACGGCAGAAGGUUUUAUCAGAUGACAAAUGACGGGAAUUGUGGACAAGAAAAAAGAGAGAGAAAAAAAAACCUUCACCAUUUGAGAGACUGUUUCUUGAUCUGCUGUGUACUUCAUUCCUCGCUACCUGUUUGUGCAGUGUUUUUUUCUGUAAUUAUGCAAUAGGCCGGGUUUCACGAGAAGCUCUGCGCAUUAUGCACGGAUACAUGUGUAAAAUUGUACUCAUUAUGGCAUUUUCAUAUAUCUAUUCAUCAUUCAUUUUGAUUGUCACCAAAUAUAUCUUCAACAUAUAAUUUGCUCAGACUUCUGUUAAAUAUGCAGGAUACUUUUCUCAAGAUUUAAGUAGCCAUAUACCAGAAAAAUACUUUGUAGUGGUUACUAAUAGACUUUUACAGUGUUCAUUAAACAGGGAACAAAUAAGUAAGAUUGCAAUAAAUCACGAAGAUCCUGUUACUCAAAUUUAAUUUACUUUGUGUAUUUUCAGGGUGCCAAAUGUUGGGGAGUAUUACGAAAAGGCGGAUUCAGAAUUGAAAACGAGUUAAAAAAACGCGGCAAAACAUGCCAUCAAAAGAGCGGCGUUUGUUUCGUCUUCACCAAAUCUGAUUGGGAAAAUAUUCUUUCAAAACAGGCAAUACAAGGAGGCCACACAUGAAAUCAGAUAAGAAACUAAACUUGGGCUGAUCAUUUCCAUCUAAUAAAUUCCUCAAAUAAUAAAAAUUCAGGUGCUUCCUGAGAGAGCAUGGGAUGCACUGUCUCCUUUGCUCUCCAUUCUUCUUGUAAGCCAUGAAGCUGAUGCUCAGACACUAAAGAAGGAAAGUUCAGGGCAAGUUUAAUGGUGGACUUCAUCCGUCUUUCAGUACUUGUUGCUUCCUUUGGCUCCAUGAUGUGUAACGUAGCAAUGACACUCUUCUCAACGAAACCUCUCACAUAUCUGACAAGAAAGUUGUGACAAGAAGAUUUAAGCAAUGCGACCGAAACCUGUUUUCAUUUCCCCCCCUCUUGUCUGUUUCCGGACUUUCUGUGCAUCGUUUUCAAGAUUUCAGAGAUUUUCACAUUUUUCUUUCAAGCUUUGAGUUAAUUUUUCAAGAUCUUGAAAGAUUUUCCAAGCGCUGGUAGCGCUAGUAGUGAGGAUGGGGCAACAGAAGGUAAAGUCUGGCUAACGCGCCUAUGAUACCAAUUUCAGCCGCUCUUUUGAUGUAAAUAAAAACGAGCUUUCGUGAAAAACGCGACGCGCUUAUAGCAUGGGGAUCCACGCUUUCGUAAAACGCCUCAGAUAUUGUAUCCCUGUUUUUUGUAGGAUUCAUCAUUAUUUCAGCGAAAAAACCAACACAGAUUUCUUUUUAAAUGUUAUCAGAACCACAAGCUUAUAAAAAUGCAAAUAUUUAUCAAGAAAAAUGGCACCGAUGUUAGUGCAUCCUUUGCUCCAGUGAAUUGAUUCUGCUCUGUUGUCCCAGUAAUGUCCUAAUUGCAGUUUUAUGAAUGUGCAUAAUUCACGAUUCUUUCUAUUCGGGGGAGUUGAACUUUACGUAACCAUUAUUUCUAGAAUUGAUUUUUAUGAUUGGAUUCUUUUCUCAGAUAAGGAAAGAAAUCUCUUCAGGAUAGACCCAAUGGCCUAGGCUUGUGUCCCUUCUUUACUGCAGUACACCAGAAUAUUUUACAUCUCUUAGAUACCAUGAACCAUUCGCUAGAAGACUUUCAUAGAAUAAGACCCAUGAAUAUACUUCAUGACCAUUGCCAGAAAUGACCUCCCUCUUUCCUUUUCCCUCCUUUUUAGCUUUUGUAAAAGAAAAUUAUUGUGCCGUUUUCUUUGUCCGUCCGCCCUCAGAUAAUAGCGAUUACUGUUAUGUUGAUCACUAACCCUCAAAUCAUCAAGCAUAUCAAAUUACAGCCCUCUAGCCUUAGUAUUUGAUAUUUUAUAUGAGGUUAAAGUUAGUCAUAAUCGUACUUCUGGCAGCGCCUUAGGUACAGUUCCAGACAGUUCCACCGGGUCCAGUUUCCCGAGCAAGAAGGGUUUGUGAUUUGAUUAGUGUUGGUAGCCUUGACGAGAAAGAUAAAUCCGAUCUUGGGCUUCUUUCUGAAAUGAAGAACCUGAUGCACUAACGAUAUAAGGUCAGGAAGUUAACUCCUUGAACCUGAAGUAGUCGCGACAAUAAAAGCAAAGAAUUAAAAUUGACCUCAAUCAAUAAAAGAAGAGAAAGUGUAUUUCCACUUACUUAUGUGGACUCCCAAUAUCUUCUUAUAAGAUGUCUAGACUAAGCUUAUGUAUCAAACCUAAACUAAGUUUUCCCUUAAUAUAACAGUAAUUAAAACCCCUCAACCCACCAACUUUAAAAGUCCAGGUCUGUAAAGUCAUGGAUCAGCUGCACUCAUUUAUUGGAUAGAUAGUGUCUGUGUGUGUGUGUUGGUAGGGAUGGUGUGACUGAUACAAUAGGUGCAUUAACGAGGCUAUUGAAUAGUUUGAGCAGUCUACCUUCUGUUCAUCAUCCUGUAGCGAUUACGCCUGUUUUACAACUACUUUUUUCAUCUCUUUCUUCUCUUUUGUCUCGGUGAAGUUUGGGUCUGGGAAUUUCUUCAUUUAUGCUUAUCCUUUGCGAUUCGAUAUAUUUCUUAAAACAUAAAGUUAAUUAGAUUAAUGUUGCAUUGACAUGCAAUGACUCUCAUAACGUAAGGUUUUUUAAUAGUUGUGAUAAAAUUAUGCAUUGCAAGAGAGUUCAUUUUUUCUCUAUGUACAGUGUCUAUUUCAAUAAUGCUAUUAAAAGUAUGACAAGUGUUCGUGCAAUCAUCCCUGGGGGGCAGACUGUUGUGUCCCGUUACUUAAAUGAAAACUGUUCUUAAUUCUACUUGUCUGUCACUAUGUGAGGAGGUGCAUGUUUGCUGGCAAGCAUUUGGCUUGCUUUUAUUUUCAAUCCCAACACUACACAAAAAACGAACUUUGUUUAGGCUUGAUACUUAAACUUAGUCUAGACAUCUUAUAAGAAGAUAUUGGGAAAGUUUGGAUUGUCCUCAAAGGCCUCACAGAUAAGUCUUCUUCGCAAGGUUGGGUUAUGUAGUCCACAUAAUCAGGUGGAAAUACAAUUUCUCUCAAUAUAUUAACCUAGGUCAAUUUUAAUUUUUUGGCUUUUAUUUUCGCGACCACUCCAGGUUUAAGGAAUUAACUUCCUGACCAUAUAUCGUUAGUAUAUCAGGUUCUUUAUUUCAGAGAGAAGACCGAUGAUCCGAUUGAUCUUUCUCGUAGGGCUACCAAUACUAAUCAAGCCACAACCCCUACUUGCUCGCGAAACUGGACCGGUGGAACUGUCCGACUGUAGGUACCAACAACAUAAGCCACCGCCGGACAAAAAACUCUAUGGCCUUCGGCGCAUUUUUGACUUUUUUUAUUUCAUAGCCUACAAAUUCCCAGCAUUAUCUAAUUACAAGGAAUGAUUAAAAAACCUGGAAA